AUGACUACUGAUGCGAUACAUUUUAAAGAACCAAAGGAAGUGGCUCCCGACAACGGCCACUAUGCUUGUUUGGAAUGCAACUAUUUCCUUCAUGAACAAUGCUUUAAGGCGUGCCGGUCUUUAAGACAUCCUUCCCACCCUUCUCAUCCUUUGAUGUUAUCUUCAUGUCCAACUUAUCCCACCAAUUCCUUCAUCAAUUGCGACAUUUGCAAUCUUGUCGGAAAUGGCUUCUCUUAUUGCUGUUCCGAAUGCGAGUUCGACCUUCACAUCCACUGUGCUUUAAAACCCAAUCCAAGCAAUUCCAUGCCUCAAAAUCCCCCCUUUGUUUCUCCUUACCCCGAUUUUUCGAAUUUUAAUCUUGGAGGAAGGCCAGGUUUCAAUCCUCCACCGUCAUCAAUUCCGGCCCAACAAGCUCAAAACUUUAAUCCUAAUAAUGCCAACUUUCCUUCGAUUUUUGAUAUUCAGGAAGCUAACCGAGCAGCGGAGGCAGUUGAUGCCGCUUAUGCUCGAGCUCGUCUAGAAGCUAGAGGGAGACAGAAUGCCCUUGAUCUUUUGGAUCCUCCUGGCACAGUAUACAGAUACAUAUAAAACAAGAUACUGAAAAAGGGAGUGUAUAAAUACAUGUUCAUUUUUUGUACACUCAAUAUAGUGUCCCCUACGAAUUUGAUAUACAAAUGUGAAAUUUACAUCUAUUAAAGCAUAGUCAUGUACCUGCGAGUCCUGCCAGAUUGAGCUGGUUUCAUUAAAUCAUGAUAUCGUACCGGUUGUUUUAUUAUUCUGGAGUUCUUGGGUGGUGUUUUACCUAUGUUUAAGAAUUUUAAAGAGUGCUCAAUUCGCCUUUCCUUUUUUCUUGCUUCAUUUGAGUUGAAUAUAUUCUUCUUUUCUUACAUAUUUGGAAAAUGGAAAUGAUGUUUGUGUCUC